CGAACUAUACAGACAUACUCCCAAACCGGUUUCGUCAUCGCCACCUCUGAACUCAGCGAGAGCGCAGCGAAAUCGACCAGAAUGGAGUCCCAAGUGAAGCAUGCUGUGGUGGUGAAAGUCAUGGGCCGUACCGGCUCAAGAGGACAGGUGACUCAAGUGAGAGUCAAGUUUCUUGAUGACCAGAACCGGUUCAUUAUGAGGAAUGUCAAAGGGCCGGUGAGGGAAGGCGACAUUCUCACCUUGCUUGAGUCCGAGAGAGAGGCAAGGAGGUUGCGUUGAUGGGUCUUUCCUGUUGUUUGAUUGCAACCUUCUUUUCUCAGUUUUGUUUACGACUAUGUGUUGGUGAAUUUAGGGGGAGGCCAUUAUCAGUCCAUGUCUUCUUAGUUUUAUGUUUGGUAUUAUUAGCAUGACAAACUUGAGUUUUUGAGACUAUUUAUGUGUGGAAUGAAUUAGAUUUGUCAAUGGUGGAAAAGAACUAAACUUUGGGUUUAUCAAUUGUUUUUGCUUGCUUGAA